UAUUUUUGUGUUCAAGUUAUAUGAUAUGGUUUUUAUUCUCCAGGUGACAAACUGCAACCAAGAUUUGUUGACAUACUCAGACGAUGUGGAAAAUGAUAAUGGAGUUGAGUUUGCCAUAGAUAACAGUCCAUUAGUCGCGGAUGUUCCUGCUCAAGAAGCUCAGGGUGAACAAUACCAAACUGGGGCAGACUAUGGCCCUGAUUAUCUUUCAGAGAAUGAGGAGCAGAACAACUAUCAGGAUCAUUCAUCUUCAAGCUCAGACAAUCAAGAUGAUAGCCCAAAUUUGGAUUGUACACCUGAUGAAUUCAACACUACUUCGGAAUUGUCUACAGUUUCAAACUGUUGGAACUACACUGGAGGAGCCAGGUGA